ACAAAGCAGACAACGGUUACUGUCGAUUUCUUGAAGCAUGACAACCGAUUCGUUGGCUUGGCACUGUGGCCGCUAGUAACAAAGCGGGUCCUGGGCCACACUCAUCUUCAGGGGCUUCGUGUGCCCGCCGCGGCUACGGUGGCACAAGUGGCCCUUAAGAGUAUAUAAUGAGUAGCGAAUCUACCAGUCUUUCUGCUGGACCAUCCUCCGCUAUCUCCUGCCCCAUAUCUCCAAAUCCCCGACCUCGUUACACAGUUCCACUAUGGGUGGCAGCCGACGACGCAAUGACAAUGUUCUCAACAGCAACCGCGAGAUGGACGGCAAGUUGGAGAGGCAGCUAGAGGCCUUGAAGCAGUACACCCCCGAACAGCUGGCCUACAUGACCAUCUCGGUCACUCCUAACCAGCAAGGAAUCCACAUCCGCUGGCACGAUGAAGCUCAGAUAGCCCAAGAAAUGCCCGCGACGUUUCUUCUUUCGCUCAUGGGACAAGGACCCGCCUCGCAGCAAGAUGCUCACCCGCUCGCGAUCGAGGGGGCUGACGCUGCGAUUGCACAAGCCUUCGAUGGCAGCGACGAAGCCAGUCAGGACGACGAGGAGGAGGAACAAGUCGAAGACAUCGACAUCCGCGAACUGGCGCGCUACCGAAGCCCCACGGAGCCCAUACCAGGCCACUAUGAUCCGUCGCCCUUGCGCCGUGGCAUGAGCGUCGACGCGGACGCGGAGAACGCGGCAUGGGCAGCGGAGGCGUGGAAACAACUUUGCGAACAGAAUGAAGGCGGUUACAACCAAUUCAUGAAAGCGGAGGAAGACGGUGUCUUCGAUGGGUUCCCAAACCUAUCGCCGGGCUCGGACGCGGGUCUGGCCUCAGACUAUGCACACUCACAAGCAGGGGACGAGGCAGGAUAUGACAACGGGACGGAAGGGUCAGAGGGCUGGCAGAGUAGGGAAUCAACUCCGCAAUACGCACAAUCGCCCUCGCAAUAUGCGCAGACAGGCCAGCAACACGCUCAAGCUGUGCCGCAGCACGUACGGGCCUUCCACCAGUUCGCGCGACGUGCAGCCUCCUUUCCUUGUCAGAACUCCCCCCGUCCCUUCUACGCUUACACUCCUCCUCCUGUGUGGGGAAUGGUCCCCGUGUUCCGACCGAGCCCUUCCGUCCGGGGGUACCGCGAGUUGCAAAGGGCUCACCCAACGCCGAACUACGCGCAGGGCGCGGGACAGACAGAUUCCAGUUCCGGAAUCUAUUCCAGUCAAUAUGUCAACGGGCCGGCACAGCCUAACUUUGUGCAGGGCUCCUCAAGCGGGCAGGCUCGUCGGCGUAACUACUAGACCCUUCAAAUUCUGAACUGCUGCCAGAACCUGUAGCAUGAUGGACGUUCGGGCUCGUCCG